UGGCACAUGCGUUUUAUUUAGUAAAAACUACGCGCGGCUUCUUGGCCACUUCCUGUUUGUCCUAGUUUUUGCAACCUGACGUGAGGCCGCGGGUAGACAGUGCGGUCGGACGCGGAGACGAGUGCGAGUGGUCGUCUCGCGAUCCACGCAGGUGGUCGUCAAGACAGGUGCUCCGUCAUCCCCCGGGGAAGAGAAAGGGUCGCAGAGACCAAGCUCGCCACCCUACCCGGGGCCUAUUUGGCACAAUUAGUAAAAGAUGACUUCGGUUUGGAAGCGACUUCAGCGUGUAGGAAAGAGGGCGUCCAAGUUUCAAUUCGCCGCUUCCUUCUCCCAACUGGUGCUGGAAAGCUCAAGUAAAUGGCAACCAGAUAAACUAAGAGUAGUGUGGAUCAGAAGAAGCAGACGCCACAGCACAAAGCUCCACAGUUGGCAGCCAGGGAUUCAGAAUCCCUACAGAGGUCUGGUACUCUGGCAAGUCCCCGAGAGUUUGGCCGUUACCGUGACACUCUACAAGGAGACGACUGCAGAGGAGUUUGAGGACAAAGAUUGGACUUUUGUCAUUGAAAAUGAGACAAAGGGGCGGAGGAAGGUGUUGGCCUCAGCUGACAUCAAUAUGAAGAAAUAUGCCAGCGCCACGCCGGCGCAGUACGACCUGACGCUCAAGUUGAAACCUCUGUCGGUGAAAGUGAAAGAGGCCACGCUCAAGCUCAACUUGUCCUGCGUCUUCCUCAAGGAGGGAAAAGCCACUGAUGAGGACAUGCAGAGUUUGGCCAGUCUCAUGAGUUUCAAGCAGAGCGACAUUGGCAAUCUGGACGAUUUUAACGACAGCGACGACGAAGUCUGGGAAGAAAAGAGGUCGAGCUUCGGAUCUGGACAAGCUACGCUUGCCACCGCAACCACAGAGAUGGGUUGCAAAAGGUCCUCGGGCAUUUGCGCUUCCAUCUCUGCUGCAUCUUUGCCUGUUCUUCCCGAACCCCAUCACCCGCCCCCCCCGACGCCCGCCCCUCAGACCCAGCGUUCCCUCUAUGCCUACUCACCGCCAGCCUUCAUACAAGCUCACCCUCCGGCACUUCCUAAAAUUUUCCAGCCAGGUUCUGGAUCAGCUGCAGCUCCAAGGCCUCACAGCAUCCACGGCAACUCUCCCACUGAAGGAGCUGUUCCGCCUCUCCCCACCUUCAGUUCUUCGAAAGCCCUUUGUCAUUCACCCCCUGAUCCCUCUUCUGUCCCUUCCGCCUUAACGAUUCGCUCGCCCACAGUUUCUGUCGGCUGCUCCUCCUCAGUUCUUCCUUUUCCCCCGCACGCAACUGCUCCCAAGAAACCUCAAGCGGCGGAGGCCGGCUCAACGCUGACCCGACCCACCAGUCUGCCCUCUGCCCCCGAGACAGCUUCCUGGCAGAGCGAAUGGAGGCCUCCUAAAUUUCAAGCCCCUCUCGCACAGACCGCCCUCUCUCCAGACUUCCUACAUCUGCCUGUAGAUGAUCCCGGCCGGCCUUCUGUGGCGCACAAGAGACAAAGAGUAGACCUGCCAUCUUCCUCCUGCACGCCCAUGGGCCCUCAUUCCCAGCAAAAACACGAACGCGCUUACGGGCUCGCACCAGCCACUGUCACCGACACCCACCCGUGUCCCUUCGUAGGUCCUUUCUCUUCUGUUCCUCAUCCCCAGACUCCUUUACCCCACAUUGACUCUCUCAGUGCCCAAAGAGCAGAAGUACAAAGGCAGUUGAGCACACUGAGUGAAGAGGAGCAGCAGUGUACAACACCUACAAAUCCUGAUUCCAAAGUCUGCCAGGGUUUGGCAUCGGAUGCUGGAGAUGCAUUAUUUGGAGUCAAAGUUGUCAAGGCAUCAGCUGGACCUGAGAGUAUGGCCUCUCUUCUGCCCUUUAGCCCCAGAACGCCUUCAGCACAAGAUCUCGAGUAUUUUGAGAUCCCCAAAGCACAGAUGGAUCAUUCAGACUCGAGGCUUGCAAGGACGUCUCUUGUCAAACCGCAAAGCCACUUGUCAAAAAUGUCCAUUCAAUUAGGAAGUCAAGUUACCAAAACAAAGCCUGGUGAGCCUGUGGCCAAGUUUUUAGGUGGUCCCCAUCAUACCUCCUUAAAUUCUCAGACCCGUACAUUGCACUUUCCUCAAAUGACCACGGACACAACAAGUAAAGGGGAGAUAGAAAGUGGGCAUAGAAAAGAAGCUUUAAGAAAUGAGCACAAGACUUCCUCAGUGACAACUGGUUUGACGGACAAGUCAGACAACAAUACUUUCGCGUCAAAGGUAAUGAAAAAGAUAUCAGGUGACCGUUUGGAAGACAUUUCUAAGGCAAAAACGUCAGAGUGGAAGCAAAAACUCAGUCCUCCUAGUUUAAUGGCCAUCACCGAUAAGAAAAUGGAACCCAUUUCUUCAAGACUUGAUUCCCGCUUUGGGUUUGUCCCAGGACAGCAGCCAGCAACCAACAUGCUACGACAAGCUGAUGACGUGUCUCCAGACAAAGACCUAUAUGAAAAAAAUCAAGUUCCAGAGACUCUUCCGCAAAGUACAGAUAAAGCACACCGAUAUACGCCGACAGUGGAAUUUCCACUGUCUGGUCCCCUGUGCUCAAAAGAUAGAUGUCCCCAAACUAUCCGAGAUUUAAAAGUCAAAGUACAGCCUGGGAUGACAAUGAAAGAGCCAAGUAUGAUACAGCUCAAGUCAGCUUGUCCUCAACUUUCAAAUGUUCCUGGCAUUCCAUCUUGUCAUCAGUCAGGAGCUCUUUCUGAUCACAUGAGUGCAUUGUUCCAGUCAUUAUACAUUGGAAAACUGCCCUCACCCGCAUAUGCGCAUUUGCGUUAUGUCCAGCCAAAAGCUGCGAGUGAAUCACAUAGUAUGACCAGAGAGAUAUGGCAAACAUGUCCAAGGAACAAAAGUGUUCUUGGGUUUCCCUCUCCGCCGUGUCAGGAAGCUCCAAGUCAUUCAAACGAGCCCAGUCUUCACCCUGCAUUGCCACAAUCCGCAGGGAUUGCAGGCAUGCCGUUUAAGAAAGGUGUUGGAGGGACUACACUAAGAGACCACUGGCUAAAAUCGAGCAAAUCCUUAUUUUGCAAACAAAAGAGACCUUAUUGUGUUCUGGUUCAGGACAGUUUGGGUGAGAUUGAAGACCAAGCCAUGGUAACGAUGCGAUCUUCUUGUCCACAAAGAUCUUACACUUAUGGUUUACCAUCUGCUCCAAGUGAAAAUGUCAACAUGACUAACUUUUGGUAUACGUGCCCAAGAAGAGGCAACAUCAUCGGUUUACCGUCUCUGGAUCCAGUUUGUUCUGCGAGUGACGUUUGGAGUUUGGAGAAGCACUUGCCAACUAGAAACGGUCACAAAUGGCCAUGGGUAAAGGACAGCUUUCUGCUACAGCCGUCGCAAAUGUAUCCAGUUGCAACUCAUCAGAUGAAUAAUAUCUUUGCGGUCGACAGCCAUCCGGUUCCUAACAUGGUAUGCAUCGUCUCCUCGUGUCCGCUGCAAGCCAGUUCACCCGGCUUCCCAUCGAUAAAAUGUCACAAGUCAGAAGCCAUUGCACCUAUGGUUAAUGUGCUCCCGACAUGUCCGCGACAUUCCAGAAUUAGUGGAAUCUCCUCCACAUUUGUGACUGAGUCUGAUAGAGCAGAAUGGAAGGUUGACCCAAGGCCACUUUGGAGAAGAACCUUGGACAAGCCAGAAAGAAAAACACUUAUGCACAAGUGCAAGAUUUCUUUGAAGGAGGAGACAAUUGCAGCUAUGGCAUCAAUGUUGCCUCCAUGUCCCAAAAAUUCAAACGUUUACGGAAUUCCCUCCAAGGCUGGUAAAUGUCCGGCAGUAGAAGCCUCCAUCGUGUUAAAAUCCAAUCUCACUUUCCCAAAGCAUGGUCAAAUUCCAGGUUCACCAGCAAACGAUACUUCAAGCAAAUGUCCCAGAGAGAGUUUUGGAUUUCCUUCUGCGACGCAACUCUCAGCUGUCGACGCAGAACAAGAAAAAAAUGAGAGCAUGGUACAGCUGCUGCCAUGUUGCCCAAGGCAAACAAGCGUUGUGGGUGUGCCCUCAAAAGAUCUCCCAAGCUCUGACGACAACAUAUUAUGGGCAACGUUGACAACGUCAACACGCCGCUCUCACCAAGAGAGACCAAAGGCUCUCGUUCCCCUUCAACAUACAAUUGACGGGCUGACGGAAGAACAACUCCAAAAUAUGGUAAACAUUCUGCCCUCUUGUCCAAUGACCGCUUCCCUCCUGGGGAUGCCAUCAAGUAGUUCACUCGAAAGAUCAUUGUCGGCAACGCCAUUCCCUAUUUCAUAUGAGUCGGACAUCAAGAAAGGAAAUAAUGUCGUGGAAUCACUUUUGGAGAGAAAAGAAGGCAAAUGUGGUUUAAUGGCGGCAACUGAAGAAGAAGCAACUGCUUCAAAACCAGGGAAAACUGAUGGCGGAAUACCACAUUUAAUCAGUGGCGACACGUUAUUGUCCGACAAGAGAAAUGAAAACGUGGUUUCACUGCAGCCUUCACUCCAAACGGAAAGUGAAUCCGGCCAGCAGGUCAGUCCACGUGAGGCAUCCACAGCGUUUCCUGAAACUGGCAGUCCACUCUCAUCAGACAUUUUGAAGUCGUCAGACACGAUCCACGUCCUCCCAUCCCUUCCGGCCUCCUCCAGCGUGGCCGGUUUUCCAUCUUUGCUCCAAGUCGACAGCAAAGCCUGCCAUGUUUUUGGAACGACCCACUGCUUAUGGAAUACAAUUGGGUCUGAAUUGAUGCCAGAGAGCAGCCAAAUGCAGAAAGAUCUGGAAGGAGCCGUUUCUUUUCUUCGGAGUCGCCCAAAAGAAUCAAACAUUGGCGGUUGUCCCUCCAUACAACAGCUGAGACCGACUCAUGGCCUUGAUGAACUCAGUCUGGUUAGGCUUUUGAGCUCUUGCUCCAAAGUGUCAGGAAUACCGGGGUUUGCAUCCCUUAGUAAUCCCAGCCAAUGGACGGUCAACAAAAAGCAAGCCAUUGAGCCAAGAACAGCGGAGAGGAAGCCACUGGUGAUCGGAGGGUUUCAACGAGAUGAGAGGACAAUGAAGACAAUGGCUUCUCUUGUACCAUCAUGUCCAAAAGAGACACUGACACCGGGUUUCGCCACUCAUCCGAGUCCUACAACUGCAUAUUGUGCACCAAAUGUUACAAGCCUUUAUGCAGGUUGCCCCCGAGUUUCAAACGUGCCUGGUUUCGCGUCAGUUGAUGGACGUGAAAGCCUUGGAUGGAUGAUGGGAAAUCAGUCAUUGUCAAAGACCAAGGUGGCCAAGAAAGGCUUCAUACUGGACAUGGCCAAUAAAUGGAAAAACACGCCUUCUCUGGCUGCUUCUUCUCCUAAAGUCUCACAUGUAACGGGCAUCCCAUCUAAUCCUCAACCCAAAGUCACAAACAUGAUAAGCCUCCUUAAUUUGUGCCCUGCCGUUUCUACUGUCCUUGGAUUGUCCUCCGUUGAAGAUAACAAGCAAGGAUGGAUUAUUGAACUGCAUUGGAUGAUCCACAAACCUCAGAAGAACAUCAAAUUAAAGAUUAACCAUGGGCCAGUCCUCCCGGACAAAGCAAACAAUAUGUGUGCCAUUGUACCUUCUUGUCCAGAAGCAUCCAAAAUCCAUGGCCUGCCUUCAGCACCUGAAAGCAAAUACAGCCUGGUCAAUUGGUUACAGAGCACUUCAAGUCACAGCACGGAGUCUUCAUCCGAUAAUGAUGUAACAAAAGCAGUUGCAGCAGACAAGAAAGACGGGCCGUCGGAGACCGAGGGGGUCGCGGGCUGGGAAAUACUGGAGCUCGAAGGAAAAGAGACGGAAUCGUUGCCGUAUGCAGAGGCGGAAGAGGCUCCUGGAAUAGUACAAACUAUCGUGGGCGUUCUCCAUAAAGGUUAUGAAACAGUAGCAUCCAUUUUGGGCCCAUCUGGUUCAUCUGUGUCUGAAAACGAUCUUCAACCAAAGAGACCAGACCAGACUGUAAUCUCUUCACAAGAAGAUAUGCCCGACUGUGUGGGUCUUGAUUCCACCGUAGUAGACCAGGUCAUCGUUUUGUCUGAGGACAAUCACAUGCGAGAGGAUAGAGUGGUGCCGCCUGCAGACGGCGAUGAGGGGUUCAUGGGUUUUGCAAAUAUGAAGAAAUGGCCGCCGCUGACCGCCGCAGACAUUACGGGGAUGACGAUGGAAGUUCAACGUGAGGAUGCUUUACUCGGCCAGUGUCGUGCAAGUGAAUGCGACGCUGCAGUGCCCUUGUCAGAAGGGAAUCAAGACGCCAAACAAAAUGAGGUGGAAACAUCUUCCAAAUUGGAACCUGGCCCCCAACUCGCAACUGCUGAUUCAGCCCCUCUGCGUCCUACAUUAGCUGAACCAUUGGCAGAUGCCAAACCAAACCCAGAGGUACGAACGGACUUUGAUGAUCUGCAUCUUGGCGUGUUUCAAGCACAUGCGCCAAUCCAAAUCUCUCAGCAAGAGACAACAAUUCCGGCAGCUAAACAAACACGGCGGGAACCGGAGCCAGCUUCCAUUUUACAACAGACAGACCGUAACCACAAUAAGCCUGGCUUGUCCGUCCUUCUUGAGUUAUCAACAAUCGGGUCUGGUGAGAUCAUUUUCCCGCAACCAGUGGAGGACCUUCCCCUCUCUUCUUGGAGUCGCAGUCCUCGAGAUGGAGAUGGAAGUAUUGGCUCGCCACACGUGACUGUCAAACAAGAACAAAUAGAUAACGACGUGGAAACGAGAGAUGCGUCAAGCAAACUGGUGACGGCAAAAAACAGCGUCACCACAAAAAACCAAACACUGCCGGAAACGGUCCAACCCGUCAAACAAUGUUCUCGUGAGCUUCAUACAGUUUCAGACACGAAAUUCCCUCAAGACACAUCUUCUGGUCAAGGGACCUCCUUUUCGGAAAAAAAUCAACACAAAAGCAUGGCGUUAAAAACAGAGCAACGCUGGAAUGUUGUUGAGCAGCAUGAGCCCUUGUCGAUGAUCCAACGGAUCGAUCCGCAACGCUUCCCAAAGGCCCGAGUGAGGAAAUGCGCUGGUGAGGAAGGGCCCCAUGCAGGAGAUCAAGUCGGCCAUCUUGUGGAUGACAACGACAAGAUAUUGAAAGUACGUUUGAGGAAAAGCAGGCCCCGAGCUGACGAUACCGUAACGCCACACUCAACCUUGCCUGUAGCAAAACCAAGAGUUAAGAAGCGUCUCAGCAGCUCAUUCCCGGAUGAAGCUGCAAAUUCUCCCGCACCAUCUACUUCCUCGUCGCACACGGUACCAGGCACCUCUGACCAGCAAUCGAAUCACCACAUUGAGCAGCGCAGCUCGCCCGUUCCGCUGCCCCGAGUCAGGAAGCACCUCGACACGACUGUUUCUAAAAGCACUCCGCCCGCAAACAUCUUUUGCCCGACAGAGACAGAUCCACCCGAGGCUGUGGGUGUCUCCUGCGAGGUAGCAGACGAUGGCUUGCCAUCAGCUGUCAGCUCAGCAGAAAAAAGAGGUGCAGAAAAGCCGCCGGAUGCAACGGUCACAGGUGGAACCACAACAGAUUCACCCGAGCCUUCAACAAAAAUGCUUGAGCCCUUUACCUCCUCGAAGACGACAACUCUGGACGACCGCUUACAUGUCGGAAGCAGCGAACAGGCUGAUCUAAAAAACGACGGCUCAAGCCGCGGAUUUGGGUCUGUAGAUUUUGCUGCUGUUUUUUUAGAGGAAGACGGGAGCAGUACGCAUGUAGAGAAAAGUCAAGCCCAAGCUGUUAGUGGCCACCAAACAUUGACCCCACCAAAACCUGAAGAUGCUUUGGCAUCUCCAGAAAAUCUUUCAGGAAGUCAAAACCUGGUGACAUCCAGCCAGUCUCUACUGGAGUGGUGCAAGGAGGUCACUCAAGAUCACAAGGGAGUGAAGAUCAGCAACUUCAACACUUCCUGGAGAAACGGCAUGGCAUUUUGUGCCAUCUUGCAUCACUUUCACCCAGAAAAGAUUAAUUAUGAAUUUUUGGACCCCUAUGAUAUCAAGCACAACAAUAAACGGGCAUUUGAUGGUUUCGCUGAGCUGGGCAUUUCCAGGCUGAUGGAGCCUUCAGACAUGGUGAUGCUGACUGUGCCUGAUCGCCUCAUUGUCAUGACGUACCUCAGCCAGAUUCGCGCUCAUUUUAUGGGCCAGGAGCUAAGUGUGCUUCAUAUUGAGAAAGACGCUAGCGAGUCCAGCUAUGCGGUCACGGGAGACCGUGAAAGCAAAGAGGACCCCGAGGCCGCUGUUCGCUACUGUACCCAAAGGCUUCAGGAGGAGGGCAUCAGUCUGGAGACCAACGGCUCGGUUAGCGCGGCCGCAGAUGUAGCUCCGCUCCCCAGAAGCAAACGGGCGCAGGCGUCCGAGGCCAGUGGUGCUCAGUCACCGGUCGCCCCGCCCAGGACUCAUCUGCCUGCCAAGUGUGGUUUCUCGCAGGUUAAAGACGCCGAUCUGGUCAAGAAGCGCAGGUCUCAGCGGAGGAGUGCGUCUGAGGAGGAUGGAGACACUUCCGUGGCUGUUGCGGAACUAGAAGAAAGUGGAAGUAUCAGAACCGAGGCAAGAGCAAAUCUGGCUGAAGUGGGAAGACGAGAAGGACAGGACCCCAGCCAGUACGUGCUCAGUCAAAUGGAAGCCCUGGAAGCAGAACAAAACCACAUCGACACCAGAGCCGCAGUUGUGGAGAAGACACUCCGACAACUCAUGGAAACGAGCAGUGACAAGGUGGAGGAGGAAAGGUUGAUUCAGGAAUGGUUCGUGCUGGUCAAUAAGAAGAAUGCCUUGAUUAGAAGACAGGAUCACCUGCAGCUCUUGCUGGAGGAGCACGAUUUGGAAAGAAGAUUUAAGCUGUUAACCAAAGAGCUGCGAGACAUAAUGGCCCUUGAAGAGUGGCAGAAGACGUUGGCCCACCAACAGAGGGAGCAGUUGCUGCUCAAAGAGCUGGUUUCGUUGGUCGACCAGAGGGACGAACUGGUCCACAAUAUGGACGCCAAGGAGAGACGCGCUCUGGAGGAGGACGCGCGUCUCGAACGUGGUCUGGAGCAACGUCGGAGGAAGUACGCCAACCAGAACAAAGAGAAGUGUCUCAUGCAGUGAGAGGAGAGGAGGUGUGUCACUCCACGUCCUUACCAAAGAUUGAUGUGUUUAAUUUCAAGUCAGAAUAACUGACAGUGAUUUCAAAGUUUUAAUGACAUGGGAGUUAAGGUCACUUUAAGGCAAUACGAGUUUACAAGUUCUUAAUGGGAACUUUGUUACCAUGUGUCACUUUUUCGGACUUUUUUUUUUUUUUAAAUCAGGUUUUAAUUGGAGGGCUACUCGUCGGUUAUGUUAGUGAUCUGUAGGUGGCGCUGUAAACCACAUCUGCCAUCAGUGCAGUACUCUUCUGAAUAUGUAUAUUCAGAAGAGCGCUUUUCAUAUCAUCUGUUCAGUUUAGCCAUAUCUGCUACUUUGAACAUUUGUAUUCAAUACGCUAUGCACUGAGUCUUGAUAGCGACAUUUGAAACGCUUACAGAAAAAAAAAAAAAAUCAUAUAGUCCCAAAGCCAUGUUGCUGUAGUAUGUGUGCAACUUGUUUGAUUUUUUGACUGUGCCUUGUUACCUUGGGAUGUUUGUUACUGAAAAAGAAAAGGUCCCAUCCCAUUUUAAUGUGCCUUUUUUCUGAACAAAACUUUAUAAUAUCAUAUACGUAUAUACUUUCAGUAUAUAUAUGUAUUUAAAAUGUCAGCCUCUUAAAUCAGUUUAGUGCUGCAAACAAUUUGGUUCCAAGUUCACUUUAAUUUAUUGGGGGUUCCCCCCACUCCCCUGUUUGUUUGUUUAUUCUUUUUCCAUUGAUUGCGGCAUUAAAUUGGGCCAUGUGGCAACAUAAGAAUUACACAAGAGUUGUGUAUUUACAGCAAAGCACUAUUAUGCACAUUUUCGAGUUACCCUUUAACCCAAUUGCAACUGGUCGAAGCUUAAAAGGGAGAUUUGAUGGAAUAAAUUAAUGGUUUGGCGGUAACCAACCGCAUCACCAACUUGUAAGUAGGACUGGACCGCUGAAGGGUUGUGGCCAUACUGCGCUUUUGUUCAGAAUCCCAACUGUGUGACUUUUAGGAAAUUUGAGUGACACUUGUUUUCUUGUUACAUUUGUCAAGUUUGCAAUGCACUGAAUGUCUUGCUGCAUUAAAUAUUAUUGUGACGUGAA